AAAAAGAGGAGCAACCGGGUCGCCAUGGCCCCCGCCGGGCUUAAGGCUGUCGUGGGGGAAAAAAUUAUGGCUGACGUGAUAAAGAAGGUGAAGAAGAAGGGAGAAUGGAAGGUGCUGGUGGUGGAUCAGCUGAGCAUGCGCAUGCUCUCUUCCUGCUGCAAAAUGACCGACAUCAUGACGGAGGGGAUAACAAUUGUGGAAGACAUUAACAAGCGCCGAGAGCCACUCCCCAGUCUGGAAGCUGUGUACCUCAUCACCCCGUCGGAUACGUCUGUCCGCUCGCUCAUCAAUGACUUCAAGGAUCCCCCAGCUGCCAAGUACCGGGCUGCCCACGUCUUCUUCACUGACUCAUGCCCCGAUGCACUCUUCAACGAGCUGGUGAAAUCCCGUGCGGCGAAAGUAAUCAAGACCCUGACAGAAAUCAACAUUGCUUUCCUGCCGUACGAGUCGCAGGUUUACUCCCUGGACUCUGCCGACUCUUUCCAGAGCUUCUACAGCCCGCACAAGGCCCAGAUGAAAAACCCCAUCCUGGAGCGCCUGGCAGAGCAGAUUGCAACUCUCUGCGCCACUCUGAAGGAAUAUCCUGCGGUCCGAUACAGAGGAGACUACAAAGAUAAUGCCAUGCUAGCCCAGCUAAUCCAGGACAAACUGGAUGCUUACAAGGCGGACGACCCGACCAUGGGUGAGGGUCCGGACAAAGCUCGAUCCCAGCUCGUCAUCCUGGACCGUGGUUUCGAUCCCUGCUCCCCGGUGCUGCAUGAGCUGACGUUCCAAGCCAUGAGCUAUGACUUGCUGCCCGUCGAGAAUGACGUCUACAAGUACGAGACGAGCGGCAUUGGGGAGGCCCGUGUAAAGGAGGUGCUGCUGGAUGAAGAUGAUGACCUCUGGGUGACGUUGCGCCACAAGCACAUUGCCGAGGUGUCCCAGGAGGUCACUCGGUCUCUGAAGGACUUCUCUUCCAGCAAAAGGAUGAACACCGGCGAGAAGACAACCAUGAGGGACCUUUCCCAGAUGCUGAAGAAGAUGCCACAAUAUCAGAAGGAGCUCAGCAAGUACUCCACUCACCUUCACCUGGCUGAGGACUGCAUGAAACAUUAUCAAGGCGCUGUGGAUAAGCUUUGCAGGGUUGAGCAGGACCUGGCCAUGGGUACUGAUGCCGAGGGUGAGAAAAUCAAGGACCCGAUGCGAGCCAUUGUCCCGAUCCUGCUGGACGGGAACGUCACCACCUAUGACAAGAUCCGCAUCAUCUUGCUUUACAUCAUCCUCAAGAAUGGAAUCACUGAGGAAAACCUGAACAAGCUGAUUCAACAUGCCCAGAUCCCACCUGAGGACAGUGAGAUCAUUACCAAUAUGGCCCACCUUGGAGUACCCAUAGUCACGGAUUCCACUCUGCGCCGCAGAAACAAGCCUGAUCGGAAGGAACGUAUCAGCGAACAAACCUAUCAGCUAUCCCGAUGGACCCCAGUGGUCAAGGAUAUCAUGGAGGAUGCCAUUGAGGAUAAACUGGACACGAAACACUACCCUUAUAUUUCCACCCGGUCCUCAGCCUCUUUCAGCACUACAGCAGUCAGUGCCCGCUAUGGACACUGGCACAAGAACAAGGCUCCUGGGGAGUACAGGAGUGGCCCCCGCCUCAUCAUUUUCAUCCUGGGGGGCGUGGGCCUGAAUGAGAUGCGCUGCGCCUAUGAGGUGACGCAAGCCAGUGGGAAGUGGGAGGUGCUAAUAGGUUCUACUCAUAUUCUCACUCCCACCAAAUUUCUCAUGGAUCUGAGGCACCCCGACUUCAGGGAUUCCACUAGGGUAUCUUUUGAGGAACAGGCUCCAACAAUGGAAUGAGAGCCACAGAAACCAAAAGCUCCACUCAUAUUCUCACCCCACAGAAACUGCUGGACACACUGAAGAAGCUGAACAAAACGGAGGAAGAAAGCAGCAGUUAAAAAGAGAACCC